AAGUGGGCAGGUUAGAAUUGUUAACAAGAAAUCAAAAUUCUUUGUAUCUAACCGAUUAUCCUUUCUUAAUUUUCAAAGUGAGUUCUUCUGGGUCAUCACUAAGUUUUUUCAAGUGAGGCUUUUCGGGUUAGAAUUCUUGUUCAAUGGAAGAAUUGGUUGGACCUCGUUUGUAUAGCUGCUAUAAAUGUCGAAAUCAUGUUUCACUUCACGACGAUAUAAUCUCUAAGGCAUUUCAGGGAAGAAAUGGCCGAGCCUUUUUGUUUUCUCAUGCUAUGAACAUUGUUUUGGGGCCGAAAGAAGAUAGACAUCUCACUACUGGACUUCACACAGUUGCUGAUGUCUCCUGUGGAGAUUGCCAUGAGAUGCUGGGAUGGAAGUAUGAGCGAGCUUAUGAGGCAACACAGAAGUACAAGGAAGGGAAGUUCAUACUUGAGAAGUCAAAAAUUGUUAAGGAGAACUGGUAGUGUCGGUAAGAGUCUGUUUUCAGCUCAUCCCAUUGUCAUGUAAGCUUGUCAAUUCCUCCUAAUUUUCAUUUUGUACAGAAAAUCCUUGUCCCAUUGAAGAAAUUGUCAUUAUAUCAAUCCGCUGAUUUGAUAUCUGCCAUGUUUGAAAGUUUAUGUAUCUUCAUUUUCUUGGUUAAUAAAAUCGUGCCAUUAGUCGUGUUCUCCAUUCCCUAUUGUGUUAUCUUCUGAUUUGAUGCUUUAAUGCUUUA